CGUUUUUGCGGUGGUGAUUCUCUUAUUUGUGAUGAGGUUUAUUUCUGGUGGAUUUAUUUUUGGAGCUGCUCACAAGUCCAUUCUUCUAGUUGUUGUUGUGGUUACCUCACUGUCGGCGGUUCCGACAACGCUUGGCAAGCCGGUGAACGCUAAUCACAAGAAGAAGGUCAUCUUGAGCCAGAUCCAGAGCGACACCAUUUUGGCUGCGAGCUUUGAAUCCCCUCAAGGAUUUACCACAAAGUUAGAAGAAGAAUUGCCAGUUUCUUGUGCUCAGUUAGCGAGGAGUAUUCAUGAAUUUGCUGUGACGGCAGAUCAGAAAAGUCCACAGAGGAAGCUCGCGCAUCAUGUGUGUCCAAAACUUGCUGUGUGCAACUCAGCCGACCCAUCUUUAGCGCCAUCCCUUAUGCUUCAUCAACAAUGUGAGGAUAGGACUGCAUUGCGCUAUGAUUAUUACUAUUUGGCUAAAAUUUUGGCAGAUAAUGGCUCACAAGGGUUAAGCGCAGCUGGUGGAAUCCCUACUCCAAAUUGGGACGCACUUGCCGAUAUUGAUGAUGCAGGAGGCGUCACUAGAGCAGAUCUUGAGCCAAGAAUUGUGGGGGAGCUUAGUGUUGAGGCCUUAACUUCAUAUAUUGAAUUUCAUGAGAGAAGGAUUGCUGCUUUGAAAGCUCUCCGGUGUGCUUCAUCAAGCAUUUCAGAUAUACUGGACAAGCUGUAUGAAAUUGGUUUUGGCACACUUGAACAUGGCGAAGGGUUUUCAGUUCUCACUGUUUCACAUGCUUUUCUUGUCAAUUUGGGAGAUCAAAUGGAGAAACUUAACGAAUCAUUCCCAGUACGCAGUUUAUCAGCCCUGUAACCGAGUCAACUCCGCCCAGACGUCGAGUUUCCGACUCGUCGCCUCCGCUCGACAUGGAAUACAACCCAGCCCGCAACGCCGACGCAAGGCACACUUGCCUCAAGCUCGAGCUCCCUUCUGCAUCGGGAAGAAGCAAUGCCUCAAUCUUUAUACGCGGCACUUGGUUCACCUCUCACUUCCACCUCUCCAUUACAGACGGCUUCGAUGCGUGGACCUGCGAGGGGUCGGAUGCAGAGGUGAGGCAAAGAGCAGAGCAGUGGGAUCAGUCGGUGUCGGAAUACAUAGCGCUUGCAGAACGGUAUUUAGGGUUUCAGCAGCCGGAUUCUAAAUAUGGUUUCGAAGAUGCUGGCAAAGGGCAUAGGAGGUUGUCUUGGACAUUUGAAAAGGAAGGUACCAAGCUCGAGUGGCGCUGGAAAUGCCAACCAUCUUCGGAUAGCAAACAAAAUAUUGUUGAAAUUUUGGAUUUUCUAAUGGAUGCAAAUAUACGCCUUAGUGAAGAAGUCAUUAGAAAAACCCAGUCUUUUGAAAAAUUGAAAGUAGAAGCUGAAAGGUGUUUAUCGCAAAGUCAGACUUUUAGUAAUGAAAAAGCAGAGUUUGAAUCUGCUGCAUAUGCUAAGUUUAUUGAUGUCCUGAACUCCAAAAAAGCCAAGUUGAGAGAACUCAGAGACCGGAUAUCGAAAAUAAAUGGUAAAGCAGUAGAGGAUGAUGAAUCCUCAGACAAAGCCCAAAGAUUUGAUGGUGGAAGUGAUGAUGAGAAUGCAAUAGAAAUGUACAGAGAUUCUGGCAGUGAUUCGGCUGAUGCUUGAGAUGGUUUUGGAGCUCUUAAUGGAUGAUAUAAAAACAUGUAAGUUUACACAAAUGAAUGUAAUGGCUGCUUUUCAGUAUCAAAUCAUUGGAAAUUUUUGGUUUUCGAUGAAUUGAUUCGGUUGCUUUAAUGGAAGUUUUGAUCGUCUUAAAUUCAUGUUUAUAUACAAUUUGAAAUGAUUGAUGUUGGGCUUAUUUGUUGUAUCUUAGCGAGUGUUUGGUUUUGUCCUAC